AUGGCCGUCGCCGUGCGCCGUGCCGGUACCACGCUACUUCUUCUCUUUUGCCUCAUCGGGGUGGAGGGUGCGGGCUGCCCGGAGGAUAGCGUGACGGGCGACGACGGCGAAUGCAAAUGCGUGUCGCCCUGUCCGAAGCACGACUGUCAGCCCGGACAGCAGCCGGUGCAAGUGAACGCGAACGUACCCGAGAAACCCGGCAGCUGCUGCCCACUCUACGAGUGCCGCAAUCAAGCGAUGCUGAGCUGGACGGCCCCGGAGGACGUGGCGAACAAAUGCGUGGACAGCACGGGCCAGGUGCUGGAAAAUGGGGAGCGCCAGCAGCGACUCGACGACCCCUGCACGAGCUGUAUCUGCGAGGCCGGGGUGCUCAACUGCCAGGCGACAAUGUGCCGUAGCUGUCUGCGGCCGCUGCCCCGCCUCCCGGGCGAGUGCUGCCCCAGGUGCCCGGCCCUUCCGGCGCCGCCUAAGCACUGCCGGCCGCUCACCAACUGCGACAAGCGCGACUGCGAGCUCGGCCUCGAGACCGACGAGCGCGGCUGCCUCGUCUGCAGGUGCCGCACCCAGACUCAGCAGAACGAGCCUGAGGAUACAGAGGACGACUGCCCGAAACUGGAUUGCGAGCUGCGCUGCGAGUACGGCUUGACGAGGGACGAAAAUGGCUGCAGCAUCUGCCGUUGCAAGCCCCACCUCGGCUGCCCUCUCGACGUCGUCUGCCAGAGGAAAUGCCCAUACGGAUACAGAACCAACAAGCGCGGCUGUCCGACUUGCCGCUGUCUCGGCAGCUGCCUCGACGAGCGCAACCUCACGCACCCCGAGGGAUCGACCUGGAACGCGGAACCCUGCAGGAGCUGCCUCUGCGAGCCCGGCGGCCUCGUCAGCUGCAACGAGACGGUCUGCAAGGUCGGCUGUAACGAUCCCCUGCCCCCGCUCCCGGGACGAUGCUGCCCUCUCUGCCCGACCCCGGCUGCGGAGGAGUCAAGAGGCUGGGGUACAGUCCCGGUCAUCCUGAUCGCGGUGCUCACCCUCAUCUCCGGCCUGCUGAUGAUACACUUGGUGCGGGGUCGUUUCCGGUCUCGUCUCGCACCCUCGGAGGCCGACUUUGUCGGCUUCCCCCAGCAGUACUACAAGUGCGUCCCGGUCUACGAGAGCCACCUGCCGGUGCUCCAGCACGCGGAGAAGAUCGCACCUCUCUGAGCUCACCCAACCGACACUACGAACUCUCACGCAC